UUUUUUGCGCACAUCUCUCUUUGAUUAUUUUUAAUAAAAUAACUACUCCACUGGAAUUAUUCACAUAUCUCACAAUUAAUCUCCGUCACAAUUAGGAUUAAUACAUCGCUAAUUUUAUAUUUUGUAGUAUGUGCUACGUAAUUUGAUCUGUCCUGUUGUGAAAGAAGUACUCUUUUUACAAAAAAAAUUCUUGUAUCUUAAGUAAUUGUUGCUUGUACUUUAUAAGUACAGAAAUCUCAUAUAUCUAAUUAUCGAGAUUUCCACAAAAUUCGAGAAUAGGAUUUUUGAUUAAUUGCUUCCGCGGAAAUAUCGUGAUAUAAUUGAGGAGACAUCUCUAUAAAGGAUAGAGAAGGAUAGAGAAGGCCUCCUAAGCCGUUUGCGAGAUGUUUCGAAACAUAUGCAGGAAUCACAUAUGUGAUGAGACACAUGCUUAUCCCUCAUGCCAUAGCAACGGCUAUCGCCUCGAAGAGGUCCCUUUGAUGGAGGCCUCGUCAAGAAACAGCUGUCCCCGUCUCUCUUUGCUACCUUACUAUGGGGUCCCUGCUGCGGCAAAUAGAUAGAAAUGUGCGUGAGAUACACGGAAGUGUAUCAUCAAACAAGAAAAUUCGGGAUAAGCCAUAAAAAAUGCAAGCAAAUGAAAAUUUCCUGUAUCCUCGAAAAAUUUCUUUUGUGAAACGAACAAAUAUUGAUAUCAAAGUAUGUCAAAAUAUAAUUAGUUAAAAAUAAUAAUGAAGAAUAAAAUCAGAAAGAGAGCAUUUAUGUCGCACAUAAAUAAAAUAGUUAUAUUAACAUGAAACAAAGUACGUUGUAGGAAAAUGAAGGAUAUGUUUAUUUUUGUAUUAGUUUUACCCAGAUUUUAUUUCUAAAAAGGCGUAAACAUUAAUUAGAAUAGCAUGUAUAUGAACAAUUUAAAUUAAAAUGUUUUUCCAAGUGUUGCAAGAGUGGAUCAAUUUCGAAAAUGUAAUUGCGAUUUUUCAUUUUAAUGUCUCGUGUUUCGCAUGAUUUCAGCGCGAUGCGAGUAUUGCUAUCGAAGUUACCACGACCUUGGAUCGUCGACGAAAAGAAAGAUGACGGUUACACGGCUCUGCAUUUAGCUGCCCUUAACAAUCACGUGGAGGUCGCGGAACAACUGGCACGCGCCGGAAAAGCUGACUUGGACCUGCAGAAUGUGAAUUUACAAACCGCCCUACACCUGGCAGUCGAGCGACAGCACACGCAGAUCGUUCGGCUGUUGGUUCGCGAGGGUGCAAAUCUGAACGUCGCCGAUAAGGACGGAGACACGCCUUUGCACGAAGCUCUUCGACAUCACACGCUGUCGCAACUGCGGCAGCUGCAGGACGUACAGGACGUUGGACGGUUGUUAAUGGGCCUAGGCACCCAGGGUCAAGACAAGAAGAGCAGCUCCUUCAUCGCGUGCUUCCUUGCGGCGCAUGGCGCCGAUCUGGAGCUGAAGAACAAGAAGGGCCAAACGCCUUUGGAUCUUUGUCCGGAUCCGAAUCUUUGCAAGACUCUCACCACCUGUCAUAAAGACAAAGAAUCACACGACAUCGAAACCGUCGUCCCAUCGGCGGCGAUCGACGAAUGUCUCGUAUGCUCUGAUGGCAAACGAGAGAUGCUGUUCAGUCCCUGUGGACACGUGGCUUGUUGCAACGCCUGUGCACCGAGAGUGAAGAAAUGUCUCAUCUGUCGUGAGAACGUUCUUUCUCGAGUAAAGAUCGAAGAAUGCGUGGUGUGUUCGGAUCGCAAAGCGGGCGUCCUGUUCCGUCCGUGCGGACACAUGUGUGCCUGCGAGAGCUGCGCGGCCCUGAUGAAGAAGUGCGUGCAGUGCCGUGCUCAGAUACAGCACAUGGUACCGCUCUCCGUUUGCUGCGGCGGCGGUGGUGAUGUCACCUACGUGAAGGGGUGCAACGCCUCAGGAACAAUAUCCGAAGUCAAGGCAGAUCCCGAGGAGGAGCCGACGCCCUCGAACAACACCGGGACUGGGGAAGCUCUCCUAAUGAACAACGGCAGCCGAGAUACUUCCCACAGCGACAUACAAAAACUACAGCAGCAAUUGCAGGACAUCAAGGAGCAGACUAUGUGUCCGGUUUGUCUGGAUCGUCUGAAAAACAUGAUUUUCCUGUGCGGACACGGCACCUGCCAAAUGUGCGGCGACCGGAUGUCGGAGUGUCCAAUAUGUCGCAAGGCGGUAGACAAACGCAUUCUGCUUUACUAAAAAUAAAAGACUGUCGCCGAUCGCGUUACUCGCUGGAAUUUUCCGACAGCGAUUAUAUGACGUAUUAAAAUCCACCACAUUUCACGUGAGGAAACGUAGCCGUUUCCUUGUAUCCCAUUUAUUUCUGACAGUCGCAUUAAGCCAAGCCGAAUUGCGAAGCAACAUUGUUUUAAAAAGCAUGAUAUUCAAUAACGUAGAAAUGAAGAAUAGUGACGAUAUUAGAUAGAUAUACAGGUCUUUAAAUUGCGGUGAUUCAUAAAAUAUAGGCUAAUCGAUAAAUGAUCGCGAUAAAAUAUACGUACGCACAAUUCUUAUUUAUUAUUUGUAUAUCUAACAAGGGAAACUCGUUGCAUGAUAGAUGAUAUAUUAUGCUGUUGAAGUUACGUUUCAUAUUUAGGGAUACAAUGUAAGUGUAAUAUAUUUCCAAUAAGCUUCCUACAAAAGUCUUUAUUUACCAUUUAUGGAUACUGUCGUCUUUCUGCAUUAUUCAGAAAACGCUCGGUAGGCAUUAGAAAGUUCUUCCGAAUAUCUAUUAUCGAUAGGAUGGUUUUACAUGUUGAGUAAUUCCUGCAUAGAUUGCCAAAAUAAUAAGAAAAAUAUUGCAUUUGAAUUCCAUUUGAUUUUUUGAAAUAUUAAAACGAAAACUAUUAUAAGAUUAUUUAAGUCAUUGUUGAUGAGAUGUUAUGACCUGCCUAUAUAUGUAAUAUUAUACGUUAUAUAAAUGGUAAAAAAAA